AUGCAAGGAGAAAUACUUUCACUGAACAGGAGAAACCUGAAGGUCUGGGUCCAGAGCCUCAGAUCUUACACUGGCAGCAUACGGGGACACAGCAGCUGGACUGGCAGCAGCAGGGCUUACAGCAGCUGGACUGGGAGCAGCCACAAGAACCACAGCCCCCCUUGGAGCCCCCACAGGAGCCACAGCUGGAGCAGCAGCAGAUGGGCACACAGCAGCUGGAGCCACAGCCCCCCUUGGAGCCCCCACAGGAGCCACAGCCCCCCUUGGAACCCCCACAGGAGCCACAACCCCCCUUGGAGCCCCCACAAGAGCCACAACCCCCUUUGGAGCCCCCACAGGAGCCACAGCUGGAGCAGGAACAGGCUGGCACACAGCAGCACACGGGCUUGCAGCAGCAGACUGGCACAAAACAGCUGGAGCCACAGCCAGAGCCACAGCCCCCACAGCCGGAACCACAGCCCCCACAGCCACAGCAGCCCAUGGUUCUGGUGGAUUGAGGGUGGAGCAGGUAGAGGAGCAGGUGAGAGGGAGGUGCAGGUGUGGAGCUCCCUGAGCCUGGGCUCUUUAUAUACCUGUCCAGAUGUCAGGCAUGACACAGGGUCCCUUUCUUGUGACUGUUUACACUGUUUUUCCAGAGCUCUAUUUUUUUCCCCUUUGCUAGUGACUUCCUCCUGGCUCAGUUGAGCAUCUACUUUCUUUGUUUGCUAAAUUUGUCUUUUUCCCCAUUUGUUUUGGCCCCUGCAAUUGAAACCUCAGCUCCAGGCUGUCUGGUGCUUCCCACCAAGCUCCAGGGUGCUGGUCACCUGCUCUCUGCUGGCCACAUGUGACCAAUGGGCAGCAGCCUCUGCCCACGAGCUCUCAUCUUUCCUGUGUUGACUCCCCCAGUAAUAUUAAUUUUACAUUUUUAGAUUUCAAAAGUUAUCCAUGGUCUUUAUAUUUUACUCAUGCCAGUCUCAGCUUUCCAGGUGUAUUAGACCAUUCUUUGCAUUGCUCUAAAGAAAUACUUGAGGCUGGGUAAUUUAUAAAGGAAAGAGGUUAGAAUGGCUCAUGGUUCUGCAGGCUGCACAAGCAUGGCACCCACCUCUGCUUCUGGAGAGGCCCUCAGGGAGCUUUUCCUCAUGGUGGAAGGUGAAGCAGGAGCAGGCACGCUACAUGGUGAGAAUGGGAGCAAGGGGUGAGGAGGGGCCACACACUUGUGAACAACCAGAUCUGAGUGAACACACUCAUCACCAAGGGGAUGGCGCUAAGCCAGUCAUGAGGGAUCCACCCCCAUGACCCAAACACCUCCCCGCAGGCCCCUCCUUCAACACUGGGGAUUACAUUUCGACAAGAGAUUUGGAGGGGACAUCCCAACGAUAUCAUUAUUCCCCUGAACCCUCAAGUCUCAUGUUUUUACAUCGCAAAAUAGAAUCAUCUCUUCCCAGCAGUCCUCUCAAUGUCUUGACUCAUUCCAACAUCAAGUCCGAAGUCCCAAGUCCAAGUUCCUUCCACCAAUGAACCUGUGAAAAUCAAAACACAUUAUUUACUUUGAAGAUACAAUGAGGGUGGAGGCAUUGGGUAAACAUUCCCAUUCCAAAAGGGAGAAGUCAGCCCAAAGGAAGGGGCCACAGACCCCAUGCAUGUCUGAAAUCCAGCAGGGAAGCCAUUAAAUCUUAAAGCUUCAAAA